UACUACUUCUGGGCAGAAGGAAGAGAGCGGCUAUUUCCAGUUUAUUCCCGUCUCCAGCGGUGCUUGCUUUUUUUUUUUAAUUAAAGGGACAAAUAAUCUGGGACUGGGAAAAAUUAUCAAUGGUGAUCAAAUUUGACCAAAUAUGAUCAUCACAAAUACAAUUCCCGGAAAUCUGUGCCUCAUCCUGACACGCCGGCCUGUGAUGAGUGCAGAUUCCUGACUGACCAUGUGCGCUGUUGGGUAACAUAACGGCGCACAGAGGAGCCACUGCUGAGCCUCUGCCCCUCCCAAAGACAAACAGGAUCUGAACUUUGGGGUCAUGGACUCCCUUUCCAUAGCGAGAAGAGACAAUUCUUGAGUGUUAUUAGCGGAAACGGUUAAUAAUAGCUGACAAGAAAGCCAAAUUGUUCUCUUGGUGGAGCCUUGUUCUUACAGAUGAAGCCAGAACAGAGAGUCACCAUCCUCUGAUAAACAAUGAUCCCCAUCACCGAGCUGCGGUACUUUGUGGAUACUCAGCCUGCAUACCGUAUAUUGAAGCCAUGGUGGGACGUGUUCACCGACUAUCUGUCUGUCGUGAUGCUGAUGAUUGCAGUGUUUGGAGGAACCUUACAAGUCACUCAGGACAAGAUGAUCUGCCUGCCUUGCAAAUGGGUGGUAAAUGAAACCUGUCGAAAGUAUUUUGAGGCUGCCUUUGAGCCACAGGGAAUCCGAUACGACCUUGACAGACACCAGUACAACUAUGUCGAUGCUGUGUGCUACGAAAACAAGCUUCACUGGUUCGCAAAGUAUUUCCCAUAUUUGGUGCUGCUGCACACGCUGAUCUUCCUGGCGUGCAGCAACUUUUGGUUCAAGUUCCCUUGGACUAGUUCCAAGCUGGAACAUUUUGUCUCCAUUCUUCUGAAGUGUUUUGAUUCUCCAUGGACCACACGAGCAUUGUCUGAGACAGUGGUCGAGGAAAGCGAUCCGAAAGCUCUAGGGAAGAUGAACGGCUCAAUCGACAAAAAAGCAUCGUCUGUCAGUGAAGAUGUAGAGGCCAGUGUUUCCAUGCUGUCCACCACCAAGUCCCGCUUUGAGCAGGGGAUUGUCGACCACUCGGAAAACGGCGUCCUGGACAAAAAAGAGGGCGAACAGGCUAAAGCUCUGUUUGAAAAGGUUAAAAAAUUUAGGCUUCAUGUCGAGGAAGGAGAUAUCGUCUACCGGCUGUACAUCCGACAAACCAUAAUCAAAGUCGUUAAAUUCAUCCUUAUCAUCUGUUACACUGGCUACUACGUCCACAAUAUUCAGUUCAGUGUCGAUUGUAGUGUGGACAUCGAGAAUCUUACCGGUUAUCAGAUGUUUAAUUGUGCACAUCCGCUCGCAACACUUUUCAAAAUUUUGGCCUGCUUCUACAUAAGUCUCGUUGUUGUGUACGGGAUGAUCUGCAUGUACACACUCAGCUGGAUGCUCCGGCGUUCCCUCAAGAAAUACUCCUUCGAGUCUAUCAGAGAAGAGAGCAGCUACAGUGACAUUCCAGAUGUGAAGAAUGAUUUUGCCUUCAUGUUGCACAUGAUUGACCAGUAUGAUCCUCUCUACUCGAAGCGCUUCGCUGUCUUCCUCUCAGAAGUCAGUGAAAACAAACUCCGCCAGCUUAACCUCAACAACGAGUGGACCCUGGACAAGCUACGACAAAGAAUCACUAAGAACUCUCAAGACAAGUUAGAGCUGCAUCUCUUUAUGCUUAGUGGAAUCCCGGAUACAGUCUUCGACUUGCUGGAGCUGGAGGUUCUUAAGUUGGAGCUGAUCCCUGAUGUCACCAUUCCUCCUAUUAUCGCACAGCUUAUAAACCUGAGAGAGAUGUGGCUGUACCACACCCCGGCUAAAAUAGAAGCACCAGCUCUUGCGUUUUUGAGAGAAAACCUUAAAUCCUUGCACAUAAAGUUCACUGACAUUAAAGAAAUACCUCUUUGGAUCUACAGUUUGAAGAACCUGACAGAGCUGCAGCUUACAGGGAAUCUGAGCGCUGAGAACAAUCGCUACAUUGUGAUCGAUGGGCUGCGAGAACUGAAAGGUCUCAAGGUUCUUAGACUGAAGAGCAACCUGACCAAACUGCCACAGGUCGUCACCGACGUUGGACUGCACCUGCAAAAGCUCUCCAUCAACAACGAGGGGACCAAACUGAUGGUUCUUAAUAGCUUGAAGAAGAUGGUGAAUCUGACCGAGCUGGAGCUGAUUCGCUGCGACCUGGAACGCAUCCCCCAUUCCAUCUUCAGCCUCCACAACCUGCAGGAGAUCGAUCUGAAGGACAACAACCUGAAGACCAUCGAGGAGAUCAUCAGCUUUCAGCAUCUCCAUCGACUCGUAUGUCUGAAACUCUGGUACAACAAGAUCGCCUACAUCCCAAUCCAAAUAGGCACUUUGACCAACCUCGAGCGUCUCUACCUGAACCGGAACAAGAUCGAGAAAAUCCCAAGUCAGCUGUUUUUCUGUCGUAAGCUGAGGUAUCUGGAUUUAAGUUACAACAAUCUAUCAAACAUCCCAGCUGACAUCGGGUGCCUUCAGAAUCUACAGUAUUUUGCUGUAACUGCCAAUAGGAUUGAGAAGCUUCCUCCUGAGCUGUUCCAGUGUAAGAAGCUUCGCACUCUGAAUCUGGGUAAUAACUACCUGCAGUCUUUGCCGUCUCGUUUCGGCGAGCUGAUCAACCUGACGCAGUUGGAGCUCCGGGGGAACGGGCUGGAGUGUCUGCCGGUGGAGCUGGGAGAGUGUAAACUGCUGAAACGCAGCGGCCUGAUUGUCGAGGAGCCUAUUUUCAAUACGCUUCCCACUGAGGUCAAAGAGCAGCUCUGGAGGGCUGAGAAAGAGGCAGUGUGAGAGCGGCACACAAACACACCGCUGUUUCUGAAUCCAGAGCUGUCUGGAGCAAAUCGGCGCACUGCGUCAUAGAGCAACAUUCAGGACACGCUCUCAAAAGUUAUUAAUAACCAGAGGUGGAAAGUGUACAAAACACACCGACAUGCUGCCACUUUAGAAAUAAUUGAGUAAAAGUAAUCAGAAAUUACACAAAAUGUUUUCCUUUCUGUUAUGUUCAUAUGUUAACUAACCAUGCUGAAGUGAACACACUUCAAAUAUUAAUAGAAUAUGAAGAAAAGCUACGUUAGCAGACAAAUACUGAGCUGACUAGCUUCAUUACUGAGCUAGCUAUUGUUAAAGAUUUCACAUUUUCCUUCAUCCUUGAUGGAUCAUGGCUUUUUUUUUUUUUUUUUUUUUUUUUUUUUUAAAAGGGCUAACAAACUAUUCAGGUGUGUGCACUAUUAGUUUCAUCAUUGGUUUAUUUAUUAUGUUUUCCAGUUAUGGAAAAUACAUAACAUUAGGCAAGAUAUUUAAGAACUCACAGCGCCUUAUCUCUGCUAAAAACACAUCCUUUAUCUGCCUUCUCUCUUUUCUUUUUUUUGUGCUUCAUCAACUUUUCUUUUAUUCAGCAUACCUCUUUUAUUAAGAUACAUUUCAGGAGUCGUUUAUCGAAUCAUACCAAAGGCUAACACACAAUUCCUGACACUUUUUUUAUUUUUAUACGUAGGUCUGAAUUCCUUGUUGAUUUUCAACAGAAUUUCACUCUGCUCUGAGAGAUGUGAACUCAUACACAGUUUAGUGUGCCGUGUACCAGUACGUGUACUGGUGUGAAUUCUAGUUAUUUUUAGUGCACUAGAGGCUGUUUCCGUAUUAUUUUUGGAAGGUCACAUGGGCAGAAUGAAACAGGACAGCAGGCUGUGUUUCGGCUCAUCAGCCUUAAGUUUGCUGAGUGAUGGAUCCCAUAGCAGCACUCGGAAAUAUUUAACACAAUAGAGUUUUGCUAACAAACGCUGAAAUCUUAAAUCUGGCUCGCUAGUUUAGCUUACCUGUACAUGUUCCUGCAGUUUGAUUUUUUUUUUGGAGCUGUGAAUAUCAACAAUAUUCACAGAUAUAUUCAUCACAGUUUCUUUGGAAACAUUUUAAAACUUAAAGAUAGCUGAUGCUCAUCUGUCUCCACUGUUCCGGAACAUUUUGGUAGAAAACUGCUUUAUUUUGUCAUUUUAUAUACAAUUUGUAUCUACUCUUUCACUCACAGUCUUCUGUGGUUAAAUGUGCAUUAGCCAUUUUCUCUGUAAGUGAUUAAAAAGUAAUGCAGCAAAAAAAUAAAACUCAAGUACUAUGAUUUAAUUAUACUCAGUUUGAGUACUGAUACAGCAAAAGACUAAUGUAAUGAGAGCACAUGUAGUGUGGUGUUACUUUCCACCCCUGGUUAAUAGCAUAAAGGAAAUGUUGUUAUGUUGUGUUAAGCAGACUGGUGUGAAGUACAGCUAGAAGCGCUGUACACUCUGAGCUUCCUGUGCUUCUGGGUUUAGAAUUAAUACGGUCAGUCAAAAAACAAAAAACAAAACAAGAAAUCAUCAGAAGUGCAGCUCAUCUUUAUUCUCCAUCGUGGUGAUACACCGUUCACAUGAGGGCACAGUUCCACCUUUGGUGAAUUCAUGUCAUGAGCACUUUAUGGUCUUGAUUGUGAACAAUGAUCUCACUGAAAUAGAUUUUACUCCCUGCUUAAAAACAGAAAUCAGAUGUCUGUAUUAAAAAAAUCUAUAUACAUAGAGAGACAUUUGAGCCGAGUAGGAGUUUUGACCGGAUUUGCAUUUUACCAAUAUGAUGCACUCUUCUAAUGGGAAAUAUUAUCAGUUCAUUAUGUUACUCAGUGCAUGCAGGAAAUAAGUGUUUGUGGAUACAUGUGGUGCGCGUGUGUGUACAUUUAAUAUAACCGGAGUUAUAUCUUAGCACUGUAAUUGCUAAGCGCUGUACAGCCAUUUUCAAACAUAUUAUAAAUGUCAUUUGUUAAAUCUCUCUUCUGUGGAAGGGGUUUGAAGCACAGGGUUAAACCUGUUUAUUCAGUGCACUUAAUGAUCAUUUCUGCAGUGAAAACCUUCAUUCGUUGAAAAGCAUCUGUCGAGCCACCAGUUCAUACACAGUCCAUGUUGGUGAUGUAGAACGUAGCACUUUUUUUUCCUUUUUUUUUUUUUUAAACAGAUGUUUUGUGUGUGUGUGUGUGUUAUCUGUCUGCUUCAGUAUGUGAGACUCGGGUCAGUAUUUGGUGUACUGUAAGUGUGUUCAGAGUGUCUGCAUGUUUACACCACUCGAAUUAACAAUGCAAAUACAUGCUGAAAUUCGUACUCGUGAGCAUUCAUGUACACACACACUGUAUGUUACGUACAGUAUGUGGGUGAAUAUCAUUUCUUAAAGACGAAAACAUAGGGUGUUGUUUUUUUAUUAUUAUUAUUAUUAUUAUGUUUUGUUUUUGUGUCACCUUUCACCUGUGUGUUAUUGUACAACACUGAAGGGCAAUUUAUCAGCCAGAGGCUCUGAUCCUCUGUGUGAAUGUUCGGAGUUUGACAUGCCGUGUUGCACUUAACAUCGAGAUGAUACACAAACGUAUCAUUUUCCUUUCAUAAUGAAGAAAAAUGCACUGCUGAUGAGACAAUCAGGAACAUUUUGUGAAGUGCCACGCGCUCUGCUGGCUUCUGUUCGUUUUAUUGAAGCGUCUUAUAGCCCACUUUAUGAGUGAAAGCUGUCGAUCAUGUAGCACUGACUUUUUGUGUAGCGACUCUCACACCUUUUCCUGAUUUUUUUUUUUUCCAUUUUCUCAAUCAUAAUGUGUUAGGUUACCUCAGUGCUGUUUGUAUUAGCAGAAUACUCUGUUAGCUACAGAGAUUUCCCAGAGUUUAACAGUUUAAUGUAUUACUCAGGUAAAUUCCACUCAGCUUCCUACUGACAGCUUCAUCAAUCUGUUUCCUCUCCUAUAAGUGAUUUAAGUACAGUAUCUUCAUGCAUUGCCAUUUCUAACGCAGGAUAUUUGACUACUUUUUAAUUUCUAUUUAUAUGAUGUUUUUAUCACAUACAAUGUUUUUUAAUGGAUUUUUUUUUUUUUUUUUGCUCAGUGUUGUCUUAAACUGUCUUGACCUGUUAGUUAUUUGUUUUGUUUUUUGUAAUCAUGAAGCCACUCUGCCACAUCUAAUCUUCUUUCUCUGCUGAUGUUAAUGAUUAUAGUGACGUGCAUGAAGGUAUACAGAAGAGUUCUGGCUCCUAAAUGGCUAAAUCAAAUCCACUGAAAUCUUCCGAUCUUGUUUUAACACAAAUAAUCUGACUGCUCUUACCAUUUGAACCUGUGUUAUUCUACACAUGCAGUCUAUUGCAGUGCAGAUAAUUUCUCUAGCUGAUUAAAAGCAUCAAGAAUAUUUUCCGUUCUUCCGUUUUUUUUGACACAGGUCCUUGUCUUUGGCACAAAUAUGAAAACAUGCUUUAUUUGCCAAAACAAUACCAACUAGUGUUGUAACAAUAUUAGGUAUCAUGUUAGAUGUACAUUUUAUUUAUCUGGCUUCAGUGUGUUUAAUUACUGAUCUACUUGUCAUAAUGUGGUAAAUUUGUCCUUCCUACAAAUGGAAAUUUAAUA